UGUUCCUACAGAAGAAGAUGCAGUGUUUCUGGUGAAGAGGCUGACAGACCUCUGCUCUAAAGGAGGAUUCAUGCUUUCAAAAUGGGUCAGCAAUAGUCGCAGAGUGCUCAUGUCAAUCCCAGAGGAAAGGAGAGCAAAAGAAAUUAAGAAUCUGGAUUUGGACACAGAUCAGCUUCCAGUUGAGAGAGUAUUGGGUUUACAGUGGAGCAUUGAAACAGACGAGUUCAAGUUCAGAACCUCUGUGCAGGACCGUCCACACACCAGAAGGGGCAUUUUGUCUGUGGUUAGCUCACUGUAUGAUCCCUUGGGAAUCCUGGCUCCCUUCAGUAUGCCAGCUAAACUGUUGCUACAAGAACUUUGUCGACAAAAUUUGAAGUGGGAUGAAGUUAUUCCCCAUUCUCUCUCUAGGAAGUGGCUUGAUUGGCUGGAGGAUCUCCAGCUGAUAUCCAGUUUUAAAGUGGAUCGUUGCAUCAAACCAAGUUGCAUCAGGAAACCAGAUAAAGCACAACUUCAUCAUUUCUCUGACGCAAGUCAAGAUGGCUAUGGAACAGUGUCAUAUUUAAAACUGGAAAAGAAUAACAUCUCACAUGUUGCUUUCAUUUUAGGAAAAACAAGAGUUGCCCCCAUGAAGCAAACGACAAUCCCGAGGUUGGAAUUGACAGCUGCUGUUCUUGCAGUUCAAGUAAAUAAACUGCUGCAGAAAGAGCUGCAAAUACAGUUGGAAAAACCUGUUUUCUGGACUGAUAGUACAACAGUACUAAAAUAUAUUUCCAGUGAAACUAGAAGAUUUCACACCUUUGUUGCAAACCGAAUCUCUGUUAUCCGAGAAGCAACAGAUGUGAAUCAGUGGAGAUAUGUUUCCUCCAAAGAGAAUCCUGCAGAUGAUGCAUCUAGAGGCAUGAGAGCUAAGGAGUUCCUCAAAUGCAGGACAUGGAUAAAUGGACCUGAAUUUCUCCACAGAUCAGAGGAGGAAUGGCCCAAACUGGAUGUGGAUCACCACGCAAUUCCUGCAGAUGACCCAGAGGUCAAGAAGGACCUAACAGCGGAACAGAGGAAAGUUUGUUGAACAAAAAAUGGCAGAUCUGCCAGGAGAAAGAGUUCUGCCAACCACCGCUCCUUUCACAAACGUAGGAGUGGAUUACUUUGGUCCUGUAAGUGUUAAAAGAGGACGAAGUCUCCUGAAAAGGUAUGGAGUUCUGUUCACUUGUUUCACCAGCCGUGCAGUACAUCUGGAAAUUGCCUACACUCUCGAUACAGAUUCCUGUAUAAAUGCAGUCCGCAGGUUCAUCUGUAGAAGAGGUCCAGUUUCCACAAUUAGAUCCGACAAUGCCACAAAUUUUGUUGGUGCAAAUCGAGAGCUGAAAGAGAGUUUGGCUGAACUGAAUCAUGCUAAAAUUCAAAAUGCUUUUGUGCAGGAUGGAAUGAAAUGGAACUUUAACAUCCCUGCAGCCUCUCACCAAGGGGGAGUUUGGGAGCGUCUGAUUCGUUCCAUUAGAAGUAUUUUAGUCUCAGUUCUCAAAGAACAGGUUUUAGAUGAUGAAGGACUUCAAACAAUCUUUUGUGAAGUUGAAGCCAUAUUAAAUGACAGACCCAUUACCAAAGUGUCAGAUGACUCAAAUGAUCUUGAGGCACUCACACCCAACCAUUUGUUGUUGUUGAAGAACAAACCAGUUUUGCCACCAGGAUUGUUCAGUCAAAAGGAUCUUUAUGUCAGAAAAAGGUGGAAACAAGUGCAAUACAUGGCAGAGUUGUUCUGGAAAAGAUGGCUUUCUGAGUACUUACCUCUGAUGCAGGAAAGACAAAAAUGGACAAGGACUAAAAGAUGUCUUACUCCUGGAGAUGUUGUUUUAAUUGCAGACUCUACAGCUCCAAGAGGAUCCUGGAU